AUAUUCCCUUACAAUGCGUCAAACGAGAGGAAAAGAAUGUUAGUGUUAAUUAAUAUAAUAGAUUUACGAAAGAAAGAUGAUAUUCUUUCAAAAUUUAAUCGUACGAAAUGUACUUUGAUCUCCUUUAAGUUUACUUUGACGAAUUUCCAUUAUCAGUGGACUCUAUACGCUCACCGUGGAAUGUCUUGAGCAUGGACAAGGAAGAAGGGGAAAAAAAUGGCGUGGACGCCUCGCAGUCUCUCUACUGUUUAUGGUGUUACACUUUUAGGAAGUGUUGUGAUCCUUUUAAUGACGAAUAAUGAUUAAUUUCAUUUAAGUCAUUAUCCCUAUUUGUUUUAUUUCUGAUUAAGACGUUAACGUUAGAAAUGUGAUUAUUUCAAAUUGCUUCUAAAAUAUCAACAAGAAUAAGUUCAUUUAUCAAGGUGUUUCUGUUUCGAACAAGGCUGUGAAAAUGUCUACUGAUUACAGUAGAUCCGUUUUAAGGAUGGUUGUAGCACAAAUCUGCCAAACCAUCGGAUGGCAUUCAAUUAAUUCAACGCCGUUAGAAUUUUUGGUAGAUCUUAUGGAAGAAUAUAUCUUGCAUUUAUCAAAAGUUACCCACCAAUAUGCAGAAGUUUUGGGAAGAACGGAACCUAAUCUUGAUGAUUUAGGAUUAGCUUUCAAACAUAUGAAUAUUGAUAUACAAGAAUUAGCAGAAUAUGUUAAAAAUGUAGAUUCAGUUCCGUGUGUUAUCAAUGUACCAAAAUUUCCUGUCAAACGUGAGAAUCAUUUAAAUUUCUUAAAGCCUGGUAGUCGUGAAGUAGUUACUAGACCUGUACAUAUUCAUGAACAUUUACCGGCUAUGUAUCCAGAUACUGAAGAUGAGUACAUAACAGAGAAGCCUGAAAGUUUAACAAACGGUGUACAAGAUUUAUCAUCUUCAAAUGGAACAUCGACACCGAGUUCAGUUGAUGUUUCUCCUCAUAGGACGUCUCCGCAAGUAGUUUUUAAACGACCAGGAGAUCCUGUCUCUUUUGAAAGUCCUAUAGCAAAACGUGCUAAGGUAUUAGAGGAAGGUAGACCAUUACGUGAGAUACACAGUGUAAUGAUGACCACGUCUGGUUUUUUAUCACCCGCGCGAGAAGGGAAACUUCCAGAAGCGAGAACACCGCAUCAAACGUGCACAGAUUCCCCUCAACCAAGUUCUUAUCCUAUGGUUCCACCUGAGUUGAAAUGUGAUAAAAAACCAAAGAAGAUCAUCAAGAAGAUACCGGAGGAUCGUAAACUUGACAAAGAAAAUAAAAAGAAAAACAAAGCUAAGGAAUUGUUUAAGCCGGAUAAAAUCGAUGAGACUAAAAUUAAAAAGUUAGCUGGUAUGAAAGAGUUGGCUAAAUUAAAACCGUUAAAGCCAGGCGGUGGUAAAUCGCAAACUAACUUAGCAGGUCCUUCAAAUAGACCACCUACUCCAAAGUUAGUACCAACUAAACCUACGGGUAGUCCUAAAUUGCCUAAACCUAUCCAAGUUAAGGCUAAAUCGGAAAAAGUAAUAGAUUUAACGAGUAGUCCACCAUUACCAGAAAGGAAAGAUGAUAACAUUGAUAAACUACCAUCAGAACCUGAUAAGCAAAAAUUAAAUAUAUUCAAAAAGAUAUCUAAACCUAGAGAAGACAAAGAAAAGGAAAUACCAGAACAACACAAACAUAAAGAGCUUGAUUCGCGAGAGAGUUCACCUGGUUUAAUCAUUGAUGAAAAUCUUGAAAAGCAUGCGCAUAAAAAUGACAUUGAAGUUAAAAAGGAAGAGAAGAAAACACCACACACACCAGACGUUCACGUUCAUCCAGAGAAUGAUUUGAUUGAUAUACAGAGUCCAUCUUCAGAUGUAUAUAUGUUUGACGAUAUGUCACCUCCUGGGACUCCUAGUACACCUAAAACUCCAGAACUCAAUGUCCCUACUCCUAUUGAUCAGAAAAAGAAAAAGAAGGAGAAAAGUAAUAAAAAGAAAGAAUCCAAAAUGAGAAGUCCUAAGCGUUGUGUUAGUCCCAAAAAGACAAAGAUUUCUAAUGAUACAGUUGAAGUAGAUGUAAUGGAUAGACCAAAAACUCCACAAGCACCUGAACCACCGGUGCAUAGAGAACCAGCUCUUCCACCAACAUUACCGUUUCCAUUUUUUCCAGCAUUUCCAUCCGCUCCUGGUUUAAUACCUCCCCCAAUAACACAUCCAAUAUUUCCAAGGUUUCCGUUGCCUCCUUUGGGAAGAGGUGGACCAGGCCCACAUCCAGCAAUGCCGAAUUUACCUUUACCACCUCGUUUUUUUAAUCCAGCAAUAAAGCCAGAAGAUUUUUCAUUAUCAAAAAUAAAACCCAUGGAAUGUGAAAAAUCACCUAGGGAAAUAAUACCUCCUAUGGUACCUAUUAUGAAAUAUGAUUCGAUAGAAAAGGAAAAGGCAGAUAAAAUUAAGGUGGUUAAACAAGAUAAAGAAAUAAUCACUCAUAUUCCUGGAAAUAUAAUUGCACCGCCCAUUGUUUCUGCACCUGUUGCACCAAAUGUACCACCACCCAUUGCACCACCAGUACCUGUUGUGCCAUUGUUACCUUCAAAGAAAUCUAAAAUUGAUAAAGCAGAUAAAGUUGAUAAGGUAACAAUUAAAUUGAAAUCAAAAGAGCAUAAAAAAGAAAAGAAAGAGAAAUUGAAGAAAAAGAAAGACAAAAAAGAGAAACAUAAAGAAAAAGGAGAAAAGGUUAAAGAGAAAAAAGAGAAAACUGAUAAAAAGGAAAAAGUAGACAAAAUCAAAGAAAAGAAGGAGAAAAAAGAGAAACGAAAAGAGAAGGAAAAAGAAGAUAAAAGUGCAGAAGCUGUACCAAAAAUUACAUUAAAAUUGGGACCUGCAUCUCCAAGACCACCAACGCCAGACAGUAUGCUAAUGAAGAAGAUAACGAUUAAGCCAUUAUUGAAAAAACCAGAUGAGGAUACGAAAAGAGAACCUAGUCCAGAAUUGGCCAAAAUAUCAGCAUUGGUAACAAGACCGCCGAAGCAAAAGUCAGCAAGUAAGAAAAUAGAGGAGGGAACAUUAGAUGGCAGCCCUGCCCUUCCUACAGAUUCUUCUUUCUCUCUCAAUUUUUCUACUGUGCCACUUGCAACAGUUCCUCGAGCAAAGAAAUCUUUGUUUAAAAACUUACCCCAAAGAGAGCCAACACCUCCGCCUCACUUUGAUCCAACUCCUAAACUUCCAAGUCCUUUAAUUACGCAACAGCAAUCACCGCCAUUUUACUACGAUCAAGGAGGUCGUCAAGUGUGGAUAUGUCCUGGUUGUAAACAGCAGGACGAUGGAUCACCCAUGAUUGGUUGUGAUGAUUGUGAUGCAUGGUAUCAUUGGGUAUGUGUGGGACUACAAGUGGAACCAGCUGCAAAUGAAAAUUGGUAUUGUAGAUCUUGCAUUACCAAAAAACAGGAGCUUUAUCAUGAUAAGAAAAAGAAGAAAAGGAAGAAAAAAGUGAAAACGGCAGCCUAGUAUAAGCUAACCGGAUCUUCCGUGAGGUCCGGUAUGACUGUCGCAACUAGUACCAAAGUUAAAUUGAAAGAGAAUAAACU